CCCGCUCAUGAAUAAUUUCUAUUGCACCGCUUUAAAGCUUCAACACUCCCGCUUUUCUUCUCAGGUAGUAUUUCAGUCUUGAUCUUUAACUUCUUUCGUGCUUCUAUGUUCCACUACUUGAUUUCAAUUUGAUGAACUCAGUUCUCUCCCGUUUGCGACUGAUCAACAAUCAUAUACAGAGCCCCACAUCCCUCAUAAGAGCUUUCAGUACCAGCAUGUCAGAAGAUAAGAAGAACAUCCUCAACUGGGUUGAUCCCAAAGACCCAAAAGGCGAAUUCAAGAGGCAGCAAUCUGUCUUCAGAUCGUUCAUCUCGAAAGAUCCAGGCGCCGAGUUCCCCGCUGAGAAAGACCGCUACCAUCUCUAUGUCUCAUAUGCAUGCCCCUGGGCACACCGCACACUUAUUGCAAGGCAAUUGAAAGACCUGCAGGACAUUAUCCCUUUUACUUCAGUACACUGGCAUAUGGGAGCCAAAGGAUGGCGAUUCGCAACCGCAGAAGAGAAAAUCCCCGGCGAGAAUACCACGCCCGACCCCGUCCACCCAGACUUCACACAUCUCCAAGACAUCUACUAUCAAAACAACCCCGACUAUCCAGGACGCUUCACUGUGCCAACUCUCUACGACAAGAAAGCCCAGCGGAUCGUGAACAACGAAAGCAGCGAGAUCAUCCGCAUGUUCUACUACGCCUUCGACGACUUGCUGGACGACAAGCACAAAAACCUAGACCUGUUCCCCCAGAACUUGCGUAAAGAGAUUGAAGAGCAGAACGAGUGGGUCUACAACGACAUCAACAACGGCGUCUACAAGUCUGGUUUCGCGACCUCCCAAGAAGCCUACGAAAAAGCCGUCCACACCCUCUUCGGCUCUCUCGCACGCAUCGAAUCCCACCUCGCCGCCUCCAAAACCCCCUACCUGCACUCCGCGCCCCACGUCACCGAGGCUGACAUCCGCCUCUUCACCACCAUCGUGCGCUUCGACCCCGUCUACGUGCAGCACUUCAAGUGCAACAUUGCCGACAUCCGCUCCGGCUUCCCGGCGUUGCAUAAGUGGGUGAGGCACCUGUAUUGGGAUAUUCCGGCGUUUGGGGAGACGACGCAGUUUGAGCAUAUCAAGAAGCAUUACACCAAGAGCCAUGGGCAGAUUAACCAGUUUGCGAUUACGCCGGUGGGGCCGUUGCCGGAUAUUUUGGAAAAGGGGGAGGAGGUGCCUGCUGUGAAGGCUGUAUUAAAGUAAGGAGAAAACGAGGUAGGAGACGAGAAGGUAUUGUCAGGAGGUUAGAUGUGGAAGGGAGGUAGGAUGAGGAAUGGGCGAGUUGAAAAAUCUCUUUGACGGAUAAUUAUAAAACGAGUGACCCUUUGUGAACUGUGGUUUUGUAGAUAUGUUACUUCUUGUGAAUCCUAACCUUAUGUUGUGUAACUCC